CGACAACAUUCGCCAACCCCGGUAUCCGCCAACUUUCCUUUUCUAAUCUUGACAUUGAGAUUCAAUUGCUGUCUCUCAUUAAGCUUCGCAAUUAUAUUUCACAAUCACAUUCAUUUACAACAUCGUCUACGAUGAAGACAGUCAUUUGGCUCUCGUCUUUUGGUGUCGGCGUACUCGCCCAUCCAUCGGGUCUGUGGUGGGGCACUGACCAGUGCUUCCCAAGCCCGGAGAACACGGACAAUCAGUGCUUGGAGCCUCAGAAGACCGGUUUUGACUGGUCCGAUUUGGGCAACGGAGACUAUUGGAGCUAUGAGGGUUUCAAUUUCGUUGGCUUCACCCCCAACGAUGCCUGUGGAUCUUCCGGAGGCAAGUGCAUCGAGGGAAAGCUUUCUCGCGACGAUAACUAUGCGAUCAGAGUGGAAGCCACCCAGGCUCCGUUCUCCGUCAGCAGUCUCCAUCUCGCUACUUCGCGGGACACGGCGGUCAUCCUCAACUACCAGAUGGCAGACGGCUCCACCUGUCGCCAGCUCGCAUGGAGCUCGACCGACGGAGCUGACAUUACCAACGAGCAGUGUGGUAACGCCGUUGCCGUGGAGUUUACCCUCCCCGAAGACAGCAAGUUCGGCGAAUGCGACAUGAGCAUUCAUCGUAUGGACUUUGACUGCUCGACCGGAACGAAGCCACCUGCGGAGAUCCCUCACUCGUCGUAUACUCAUACCGAAUCUACCUCGACUUACUCGCACACUCAUCCUGAGUCUACCUCGACUUACUGGGAUACUCAUACCGAGUGGACCUCGACUUACUGGGAUACUCAUACCGAGUGGACCUCGACUUACUGGGAUACUCAUACGGAGUCUACCUCGACUUACUCGCACAGUCAUCCCGAGUCUACCUCGACUUAUUGGGAUACUCAUACCGAGUGGACCUCGACUUACUGGAAUACCCAUACCGAGUCCUCUCCUUCUCAUUCGACGGUUUGGCAACAUGAGACAACUACAGUCACCAUUCCCGUGGUGCCCACGGAGUCGUGGACCACUUCGACGAUUUGGAGCACCGAAGAGAUCACCGUUACGUCUUGUGCGCCUACAGUGACCGACUGCCCUGCUCACUCAACUGUCGUGGUGACUUCCACAUGGGCCGCUUCCACUACCGUGUGUCCACCUCGUCCGACAACUGAUAUCGUGUCCGAUACUCCUCCAAGCCGUACCAACCCGUCCAGCCCUGGCAUUCCCACCGCGCCAGUUGUCCUUGCUCCAUGCCCUGAGCUGGUCCCUAAGUGCCUGAACACUUGGCUCUCAGUCCCCAAGUGUGACUCCAACAGUGACGCCGCCUGCUUCUGCCCAUCUUCCGAGUUCACUGAGAAGGUCUCGACCUGUAUACAUUCCUGGGGCACAUCCGAGGAGGAGAUCGACUCUGCACUUUCCUACUUUGCCGGUAUCUGCGCGCCUUAUGUCCCCAAGAACCCAGAGAUUAUCGAUAUUGUGCCACCUAGCCACACCGUCACGGAUGAGGUUCCCCAUCACACCGGCGAGGUUCCCCAUCACACCGGCGAGGUUCCCCAUCACACCGGCGAGGUUCCCCAUCAUACCGACGAAGUGCCCCAUCGCACGGACGAAAUUCCCUAUCCCACUAACGAGGUUCCUCACCACACCGGCGAGGUUCCCCAUCAUACCGACGAAGUGCCCCAUCGCACGGACGAAAUUCCCUAUCCCACUGGCGAGGUUCCUCACCACACGGACGAGUAUCCCCAUCACACGGUCACUGCCCCAGCUCCCGGUAUCACCGCGCCAUCGGAGGAGGAGAUUACCCCAGCUCCCACUGCACCAAAGACUCCCUGCACCACCAUGUCUUGGCAUUCGCGUACGGUCACCGCGCCUCUGGUCGAGUUCAGCACGAUUCACGUUGGCAGCAGCUCUUCCGUUGCCUUGGUGCCCGGUACCAAGACCGAUACCCACUCGACGACGAGCCAUCGUACUACUUGUUCUACAUCGACGACUUCUACUUCCACUUUCACUACUUCCACCAGCUCCAAGACCACCACCUGCAUUACCCAUGUCCACAAACCCACGGGGACCCCUCCUGUUUCUAAUGGCGGAUCACGGGUAUUGUUCCCUAGCAUGUGGGCCGUUGGUAUGGUCCUUGCUGUCAUGUGGCUUGAGUAGAUAUUUUUUUUUUCUUUGACUUCUUCUAUAUACUUGACUUGGUUCGAAUAAUAGUCAAUUAUAAGACAAACUUUUUUGCAUUGGAAGUGUCCCAAAAAUCCAACUUAAUGCGGGGUACUUAACCCAAGAUUCGAUUCGUCUCUGGCACUCAGAUCUCUGUUUCAAAUCUAUUGCAUAUACUCAUUAGUCAGAAGGCUACAGUAUGAUCCAACCAGCGCUGAGCAUAAAUAGUGGAUUGUCAUUCCAUGGUGCAUGGUACAAUGAAGUGCCGGACUUUCCCCAG